UCUGUGAUACCACUAUGGAAGCAACUGGAGUCCUACAAGGAAUAUCAGAACAAACUAAGACUUUAUCUUGGAGGAAUAAAGGCAAACGAAACAAUCAAUGGAGCUUUGCACAUUAUGAGCUUAGGCACCAAUGACUUCCUGGAAAACUACUACACAUACCCUGGCCGGUCAUCCCAAUACUCUAUCCAACAAUACCAAGAUCUUCUCAUUGGAAUUGCAGGAAAUUUCAUCAAGCAACUCUACCAUCUCGGAGCCCGUAAAAUCUCCCUCGGAGGUCUGCCUCCGAUGGGGUGCUUGCCAUUGGAGAGAACCACAAACGUCAUGGGUGGAAAUGACUGCAUUGCAGAUUACAACAAUGUAGCUCUGGAGUUCAAUGGCAAGUUGAAGGGCUUGACCACAAACCUGAGCAAAGAGCUUCCUGGGAUCAAACUGGUGUUUUCAAACCCAUAUUACAUUUUCCUGCAUAUGAUAAGAAGACCUUCUUUGUAUGGAUUUGAGGUGACAUCAGUGGCUUGCUGUGCCACAGGGAUGUUUGAAAUGGG